AUGGUGACACUCAAGAACUCUCUUCCCUAUCCGCAAUCACCCACGGCUUCAAGUACGCAAGCUGCUUCUAUCAGUCCAGCAAACGGCGCCUUGUUUGGGUCUGCGUCGCCAAACACCCAGCAGUCUCAGACUUCCUUCAUGGACUCGGAUAAUCCAUGGCAAGAUCAGCAACCGACAGCAGGGCCAGAGCAAACAGCCCAGACUUCCAACCACCACCAGCGUAACCAUUCCCUCACCAACAUCCCACAAGCUCUGAGACCUGGAGGAUCGGAACAGGACACGCCUCGUUCCUCGAUCGACAGUGGUGAAUCCAGGGACUGGUGGGACGACGAUGAUGCUGGCGAUAAGUCUCCUACAAGAAGUCCCGUAAGGACUACGAGAAGCCCUGAUCGGAGCCCUGCUCGCAGCAUUCCCGAUUCUCUAAAGCCGAGACGACCGUCGCCCGCAGUACCUCAGAUCCCAUCACCGACGAGCAUCAAGCGCAAACCACUACCCAGCUCGCAACCUCCACCGGAAGAAAGUAGUCCUCCUCGGCAUGACCUUGCCUCAAACAACCCCUUCCGGCAUGCCUCGUCUGCCGAUGCUCCUCCACCGCCAGCGGCUGCUCCACCUCCGCCCCCGUCAUUCGCGCCACCGCCUGUUCCAGAAGCCGAUGCCUGGAAGACGGUCGAGCAAGAGCCGGAAGACAAGGGCAAGGCUCCUGUACGAGAGCUGAAACUCGCUGCGUCCAUAACAGACUUCUCCCGCAUGACAAUCGCAGGCAACGUGCCAGAUCCUAGUGCCUAUCAUAAGGUUCAGACACCACAAGAGCGGGACGAUCCAUGGAAGUCGAUGCAAAGUUUACAGGGACCUCCAGUACCACCAGCUCCGCAAUUCAACGCGCAGGACAACCCUUGGAAGCAGGCCGGAGGAGCUCAGGACCAGCCCUCGACAGCAGUCCCGGUGAACAACAGCUCUGGUCCACAUCAGAGCUCGACAAGGCAGCCGCCAUCUAUCCCGGCUUCACUGAUUCCAGGGUCACACGAAAGUCAACAACAAGAAUCAGAAGGGUCCUGGCCGCCAGACCAGAGUAGCCAUGAAACAAGAAUAGCGAGUCAACGGCCACCAAGGCUAUCAGUCACUUCACAAGGAGGACAGGAAAGUGGAAUAAUACGACUACCAGAAAGAAGAAGUCAUUCGCCGUUGGGCCCAGGUAGUGGCCGGUCCCAAGCAGAGCCGUCAUUGUUAGACGACGAAGAGUUCGAUGCACCAGAACCGAUGGGGCCAAAUCAGGGCAACAGUCAGCAGCACGGGGAGAUAUACGCACCGCCACCAGGACCACCUCUAAUUCGUGGCCAGCUAAUCAACAACGGAGAAGGCGUACCACCACCCAAGCCACCGCGACCGGCUGUCAUCACGACGCCGUUAUCAGAUGCAGAUCGGGCCAAGCUCGACGAGCAAAGGGGCGAGACCUAUCAGAUCAAGCACUUCAAUUGGUUUGAUCAUGGCUCCGGACGACUCAGACGGUCCUCCAUGCUCACACAAAACAAGAAUGGCCCUUGUCCUCUCCUGGCGCUGGUCAAUGCUCUGAUUCUAGGCGCUAGAGAUGAGUCUCAAGCAGCCCUCGACGAUGCGCUUCGUGCUAGAGAGCAAGUAUCGCUGGGGCUCAUCAUUGAGACCUUAAUGGACGAACUCAUCCAGCGAAGUAACAAUCAGGCAAUAGACGUGGAGGAGAUCAGUGCUUUUCUGAUGCGACUCCGAACAGGCAUGAACGCCAACCCGCGAUUUAUUCCUGUGCGAGAGCCUCCUCCGAAUUUGAUGGAUGCUAGGCAUUCUAUGCUAGAUAUGCCUCAACAGCAGAGGUCACAGAUCACUGCCGGCGGAUUCGAAGCUACUGGAGAUAUCAAGUUAUACGGCUCUUUCAACGUUCCUCUUCUACAUGGGUGGAUACCCGACACAGGAUCCGAUGCUGAGCAAGCAUUUUCACGGUCAGCGCAGACGUAUGAGGAUGCCCAAGCUAUACAAUUUAAUGAAGAGGAGCUGGAGUAUAAACUUACAAGAGAUGGACUCAACCAGGAUGAGCAGCGCGUGUGGGAAGAUAUCACGUCCAUCAAGAACUUUUUCAGACUACAUCCCACGCAACUUACAGAGACGGGCUUGGGAAGAAUCCAGCAGUCGCUGUCAUCUGGGUCGUUCGCCAUCUUGUUUCGGAAUGACCACUUCAGCACAAUUUAUAAGCAUCCACAAUCCGGCCAACUCUUCACCUUGAUCACGGAUGCUGGCUAUGCGGAUAGAGACGAGAUCAUCUGGGAGUCGCUUGUUGACAUAAGCGGGAGAGGCAACGACUUUUUCUCCGGCGACUUCAUGCCCGUCUCACACCAUCAGGCGAACAACAUGUCAUCAGAUACACAACAUCUCACCGUUAACGAUCCAAUCAACGCGCCACUCUCGCCCCAAGAGCAACAAGAACAACAUGAUGCUGACUUCGCGAUGGCCCUGCAGCUCCAAGAGGAAGAAGAGCAGCGCCAACGCGCCGAACAAGCUCGCCGCCGCAGAUCCGGUCCGAACGCUUCUUCAGGGGGCAGCAAUGCCGGACUCCAGCCCGGUCGCUCACCCCGUGGCUCUUCUACCGGAAACAUUCCAAUAACGCUCACCAGCUCCAACCAGUCAGUAUCCGACAGGCCAGAGAACCGUCCGACCGUACCGCCUCGCCGGUCGCAAGGGCCGCCAGCAGUGAAUCGCCCAGCAGAUGCAAACGAUGAAGACGCGCCGCCUGCUUAUGAAGAGGCAGCUAAGGGACGACCCUACAUUCCGCCUGUCGGCAGUCCGCUGCAUCCCACUGCUGGACCUGGGGCUGAAUCGAGUGUCAGUCCUAUGAGCAGCAGUGCACAACUUACGGGCACCAUCGGCGGCAAUGGCCCCAGCAGUAGCAGUAAUAACUUAUCGGCGCACCCACCAGGGCCAAACGCGCCCUACUAUGGCAGCGGGUCGGGUGGGCCGCAGCAGAGGCCAGGCCAUGGUCGUAUACUGUCGAGUAAUGCUGGACGCCCGGGAGGGUUGAGUGCGUACCAGGAUCAGGCUUCGACGCCGACGCAGGGUAUGCCGCCGGCAGGGUGGAGCGGGAGGCAGCCGUCGUAUGGGAGCAUGCCGGGGAGUUAUCAGCAUGUAGGAGCGACGGCUGGGGAGGGCGCUAGUGGGAGAAGAAGGCGAGGGGAUUGCGUAGUCAUGUCUUACCCGCAUCUGGCGGACUGGUUCGUAUGCUCCGUCUUUGGUGGAAAAAUCAGUUCGGCGUUUCGGACCGGUCUCAGACCGCACGGCACCACUGGGAAUAUCAACGAGGGCAUGAUAGCGAGGUCCACAUAA